AAGGUUCCCCCGUCCGCCGGCUGCAGAGCCGGCGGGGGCAGCCGGGUCUGCUCCAAGGCGUACCGGGUUUGGACCCGCGCUCCAGGCUCCGCCAGCAGGUGUGAAUACUACUGUAUUUGCUAUGGGCUAAACUUUUAUUGGUAAAAUGUCAAAUUAGUAUUACUGGCCAUUAUGAGUUGGAUUUUUCAGUUAGCUGAAGACAAGAACUUAAUAAAAAUGGAAUGUUAAUCUACCUACUGUUGAUUUCCUGAGUGACUUUGGACACCAUUGUGUAAUUUGAAUCAGGAACGAAAUCUUCUGAAAGCUCAGAACAGAAGCCUUUCUGGCCAGCAUGGAGGAAAAGAGACGACGAGCCCGGGUGCAGGGAGCAUGGGCUGCCCCUGCUAAGAGCCAGGCCAUUGCUCAGCCAGCCACCACUGCUAAGAGCCAUCUCCAUCAGAUGCCUGGUCAGACCUGGAGAAACAAGGACCAAGUGUCUAACAGAGAAUUUGUGUUCAAAGAACCUCAGCAGGUAGUACGUAGAGCUCCAGAGCCACGAGUGAUUGACAGAGCAGGUGUGUAUGAAAUCAGCUUAUCACCUACAGGUGUAUCUAGGGUGUGUUUGUAUCCUGGCUUUGUUGACGUAAAAGAAGCGGACUGGAUACUGAAACAGCUUUGUCAAGAUGUUCCCUGGAAACAGAGGACCGGCAUUAGAGAAGAUAUAACUUAUCAGCAACCAAGACUUACAGCAUGGUAUGGAGAACUUCCUUACACUUAUUCAAGAGUCACUAUGGAACCAAAUCCUCACUGGCAUCCUGUGCUGAGCACACUAAAGCACCGCAUUGAAGAGAAUACUGGCCACACCUUCAACUCCUUGCUCUGCAACCUUUACCGAAAUGAGAAGGACAGUGUGGACUGGCACAGCGAUGAUGAACCCUCACUCGGGAGGUGCCCCAUCAUUGCUUCACUCAGUUUUGGUGCCACACGCACUUUUGAGAUGAGGAAGAAGCCACCGCCACAUCGAGUGCCCAAAGAAUACCAUUCUAGAGAACCGAGAGUAAACCUGACCUUUCGGACAGUUUAUCCAGACCCUAGAGGGGCAGCCCAGUGAUGCGGGAUCGAUCUGAGAGAGAAGCCGCACUGAGACUGAGCAACCCUUCGACUGAGAAUAAACGUCAAGAGGCCAGUUCCUGCUGAUCACGUGGUGUGGAUGUUUGGAAGAUGGUGGGGUUUGUUUCCCAGCUCUUAUUAAAUGAGAACCAGCAGCUCAUAUUGGUAAUAUGUCUAUGCUGGGAAUGGUUAUCACUAACCACAUUGCAAAAUUGCAUCUUAUCUUUAGGCAAAUUAAAAUCCAUGUGGCUGUGCUCAUGGAUGAUUUUGUCCAUAAGCAGUUUUUCUCCUGCCUUCCCCUACCCCUUCAUUUGAGGAAGUAUGAAUGGACUUGUGCCUCUGGGGAAAAUCUACUCGUGUUUGUCCAUGUGACUUUAGUGGAGAUAUAAAUAUGUCUCAGUGACUCUGGAGCCUUCCCUAGGCAGACAGCUGCUGAAACCCAAACAGAGGUGGUUUCAUGCUGGCUUGUGUGUUGUUGUAAUGGAAAGCUGCAUAUUCAGGGAACACUGGCUUUAACAGUCUCCUUGCCCAUCAGUCUUCCUGCAACACAGACAGGUUACAGGCCUCUGAAUAAAGAAUGAAAGCAGGGUGCUCGAGUCCAGCCACCUGCAGGCAAUCACCUGGACUACUUGUAAUAUGAGAGCCUACUGUACCCUUAGAGGGAGGAAUAACUGGGUGAUGUCAUGAUAAGUAGCAGGCUGAAAUAGAGGCAGAAGGGCAGCACAUGGCCUGCUAAUGACAGCUGUUCCACAUAGAUUGGAUCCCCCUAGAGAAUCACUGAGUCAUUUAAACCUCAACCAGAUAGAAGCGGGAGCAGUCCUGUGGGGAAUACACUCAAUUGCCUAAUAGUUCUCUUCACCUUCAGUUUCAGUGGCCUGAUGACUAAGGCUCUCUUCUGACUCAGUGUUCUCUUACAUACAAGUUCCCAAGGUACAAGGGUUAGGCUGUGAUGUCACCGAGGUUCCCAAAACAAAACAGAGUGCUGCCCCUUAUUGCAUCAUCAAAGCACAUGUCUUCUUGACCUCUCGA